AUGGAGAACGUUCUUGACGAUAUCUCCCACCGGAGAUUCAAUCCUCUCCGCGGGUCUCAUGUUUUGGUUUCACCCCACCGAACCAAGCGCCCCUGGCAAGGCGCACAGGAAAGCGCUUCCAAGACCACCUUGCCUGCAUAUGAUCCCAAGUGCUACCUGUGCCCUGGAAACCAGCGCGCCCAGGGUGACGUCAAUCCUAAAUAUGACAACACUUUCGUGUUUGUGAACGACUACAGCGCCGUCAAGGAGGAACAGGCCCCCUAUGAUGACAGCAACACAAAUGAUCUGGAAUCGCGUUUCCUCAAGGCCGAACCCGUGACGGGCAAGUGCUUCGUGCUGACCUUCUCACCCUCCCACAACCUCACCCUGGCCGAUUUGACUCCCAUUGAGAUUGUCCCAGUCAUCAAUGCCUGGACCGAGAUCUACGCUGCUCACCUCGCACCUACCUCACCCUUGGCCCAGAAUGCCCCGCCCACUCACAUUGCGCCCGCUGCCCCGCAUGCAAACGUCACCAAGCCCAAGGAGCAGUACCGCUACAUGCAGAUCUUUGAAAACAAGGGUGCCGCUAUGGGUUGCUCCAACCCUCACCCGCACGGCCAGGUCUGGACUACAAGCAACUUGCCCGAAGAGCCCGCUGCCGAGAUGGAGCAACUGCUCAAGUACCGCAAGGCGCACGGUGGCUCCCACAUGCUGGAAGACUACGCUACGCUCGAGAGCUUGAAGCAAGAGCGCGUGGUCUUUGAGAACGAGUCUUUUGUUGUCGUUGUUCCCUGGUGGGCGACCUGGCCCUUUGAGACCAUGAUCAUCAGUCGCACACACAAACGCGCGCUGGUCGAUCUGAGCGAAUCCGAUACUACCCUUCUGGCUGAGGCGAUUGCUGAGAUCACCCGCCGCUAUGAUAACCUCUUUGAGACUCAUUUCCCUUACAGCAUGGGUAUCCACCAGGCGCCGCUUGAUGGUACUGCUGAGGAGAUUGAGGCCUCUUACCUGCACUUGCACUUCUACCCCCCCGCUGCUGCGCAGUGCUACCGUCCGCAAGUUCCUUGUCGGCUUAUGGCGGAGCCCCAGCGUGACAUCACACCAGAGCAGGCUGCUGCCCGUUUACGUGGAUGUGGUGGUGAAUUGUACCGCAAGAAGCUGGAGUAA